UUGCGGAAGUUAAAAGUCUACGUGGGGAAGAAAGGUUGGUCUGGGCGCGUUUGAAUACCUUACACACCAACAGCAUCGAUGUCCAAUCCAGGUUAGCACUGGCCCCUGUCAAACCAGUCUUCCUUCCCGCCCCCGUUAGGCAAAUGGACGGGUCGACCCGCGACUGGGGCUUAUAAAUGGGACGGAGAGCCGACGACAGCCUGUAAUGCUGCGCCGGGUGCGACAGUCUCUCCGGCAGGUGCUGUUUCUGAUGGCCCGGAGACCCGGUCUUCUCUGCGGGGCUAUCGUGCUCGGUGUCCUGCUCAUAUUGGCCGUCAAAUUCACAUGCAGCCGUGCUAAGAAUGUGGUGGCAGCAGCUCGGCCUCCGGUGCGGUUCUUCUCUGCCGACGCUCCGGUGGUGGACCUGUACUUGGGUCAGCUAGACCAGGUGGAGCGACUCAGGAGUAUGGCGGAGGUAUCUCUCAUCUUCUUCUAUGCACCGUGGUGUGCUCACUCGAUGGCUGCCCGGCAGGAGUUGCAGCAGGUGGCAAAGAAGCUGGCCAAACAGGUGCAGUUUGUGGCUGUUAACUGCUGGUGGAGUCAGGGGAAAUGCAGGAGGCAAAACCGCUUCUAUCAGUACCCGAUCAUCCAUUUGUUUUAUAGGAGGUUUGGACCUAUAGAGUACAGGGGUCCAUUUGUGGCUCCAUAUGUGGAAAGUUUCAUCCUCAGAGUCAUCACACCACUCACUUACCUCCCAUCCAGAGCCAAACUUAAAGAGUUCCUCUCCUAUCACGAGCCUCGAGUGGUGGGUUUCUUCCAGUUUAACUCCUCUCCUCAGCCACCGGGGUACAUCACAUAUCUGUCCUCUGCCCUGCAGGCCCUAAGAAGGGAUUUCCGUGGUGUUGUACGUUUUGGGGUUGUGACCAACAAAAAGGUAGCAGAGGCCAUUUCACUAAAAGAAGAUGAGACCAUUUACCUUUAUAGAAGAUUAAACUCCUCUUUGAUUUUCCCUCGAAGGGAACGCAACUUCACAUCAGAGGCCAUCUGCAGUUGGGUGUUUGAACACCAUGAGAUCAUCCUCACCUGGCUGCAGCCUCCAGGAACAAAGUCCCGCCUCCUGGAACAAGAGCUGACUAAAGGUCCGGCACUGCUGCUUUUCCUGCCACACAAUCCGCUCGGGUCCAGUCCCAGUCCCAUACUGCAGCAGGUUGCAGACAUUGCUUUGCGUUAUCAUUCCUGUGACAACAAUAACCGCUCCAGCUUGGAGAAAAGUUUCACCUCCCACUUGCGGUGCUGCCAGUCAGUCCUUCUCUCCGAGUCCAGUACGAGUGUGUGUGAGGUGUGCCUCAGCUUGUCACGGUCGCUCCUGACCAGCUCCUCCUUAUGCUGCUCGUUCCCCUCCAUGGCUCGAGGAGGAGACGUGUCGCGCUCUCAUCUCAGACGCUGCUGCCUGCACCAAGAAUCUGUCACCGUGUCCAUAAAUGCCCCAAACUCAGUGGGCUGUAGCAACUUUCUGAACAGCUACAGCCCCUUUAGUCAAUACAGUGCCUGCUGCAGAAAAAUAGAACCUCACCUCAAUGAAUCACAAGCCAAAGAGGAGGAGCCAGACAUGCAAAGAGUUCCCCUUACGCCUCCCUCUUUGUCCAUCCCUCCAUCCUCUGGCCUUCAGCAGGGAGGAGAAGGCAUCACGGGGCUCCGGUGUCAGACCAACAGGACGCUCAGGUUUUAUGUGCUGGAUGUUGCCCUGAACUGGCCUCUGGCGGUGAGGCUUGGAGCAACAGGCAACAGAAGUGCUUCUCUUCACCAGGAGUCUGGUGCACAAGGCGAUGGGAGCGGCGACGGGUCGUUUGCAGCUAUUGUGAACCUGAAGGAUGAGGUUCAUUAUGUGCUCCACCGCAGCCCGGCAAAGUCACUGACAGAGUCUCUGGAGACCUUCAUCAGGAACUUCAGCGCUCCAUACAGCCGCUUGCAGAGACACCUGGUGGGAGAAGAAGACAGGAAAGGAAGGGAGGGGGAAACCGGGCAUCCGGACGAUCACCAGCACUCGGCCCCACGGCCCCUCGUCACAGAACUGACCACUUCCUCCUUCCUGCCUUCCGUCAUGGACCUCCAGAAGGAUGUGCUGCUAUUUUACUACACUCAGUGGUGUGGAUUUUGCUCCGUUCUCAACCACGUCAUCAUCCAGCUGGCCAGACUAUUGCAGGGAAACAGCACCAUCACUGUUGCCAGGGUGAAUGUUGCUCGUAACGACCUUCCAUGGGAGUUCAUGGUGGAUCGAGUUCCUUCUAUAAUUCUCUUUCCCAAAUACAGAAAACAAUUUAGUGUGAAGUUUCCUGACAACCUGCCCAUCACGUUGCCCAACCUCCUUCGCUUCAUCCUGCAGCACUCCGGCUCUGUACAAUAUGCAGACAAACCAGUGACAUCUUCCAGAGAGGCGGAGGAUCCGGGACCCGGUGCCAUCUUCCGUGCCGAGUUUCUGGCCCUCCAGCAUGAGGUUGAAACGCUGCGUCAUGCCCGCGAACGUCUCUCCCAGCAGCUGGCGCAGCUGUGGCGUGACAACCGGCGACUAACGUUUGACACUCGCGACUUAGCGUCCCAGAAUGCACAGCUGCAGCAGGAAAGGGAGAGCUUAGAGGAGCAGCACCGGGAGAAAAGCCGGCAGCUCGGGGAGGCGGUGAGACGGCUGCAGGAGCUGGCAGACACCUCUGAAAACCUGCUGAACGAGAACACACUGCUCAGGGUCCUGCUGAGGGCGCUGAAGGACAGGACGGAGGCUAAAGAGCAGGCGGAGGUGGAGAGGAAGGAGGCGGAACAGAAAAGAAGCCAUAUGGCCUCUUGACCAAAAGUCUGCAGGGAAUCCUGAGAACAAGUGAAGAACAAGAGAGAGGAAAGAGGGCCCGGAAGUGAAGGGAAAACGAUGGGGGAAGAAAAGCUGUGGCAUGUGGUGAAACAGGAGGGAUUGUCGAGCUAAAUGAAGCUGAAACGAGGAGGUCGUGUGAAACCCAUCGGGCGACGGCCUGAUAAAUGUUGUAAUAAGAGACAAUGAGGAGGAAUGACACUUAUGACCCGAAGAAAAACUAAAACUGCUGCUAAAUCCAGACAGAAGUAAAGAAACACUUAAACGGAUAAAAGAGGUGGAUAAGCAGUGAGGGAAGCAGCAGUGUUUGUCAGAGACAGAAUGAUACGUUUAAGUGCUGUGAUAACAGUGGGAUUAUCCACUCCGAGGAACACACCAGUCUGGGAAUUAAGUGCCAACUGUCCAGGUUUAAACUACUCAGUUCUGAUGCUGUGCUUGCAAAAAUUAAAUGUUUGUUGUAGGAUGCUGACGUAACCUGAGUUGAUCGUACUACACGGACCCUGCAGCCAGCAUCUCAGCCUUCUCUGGAUUACUGUAAAUUCUCUGAUCAAAGCCGGUGUUGAAAUAAUGGCCAAGUCUUAAAUAAUAGCCAGCUGUGUGGCUAUUAUUGUGAGCUGUGUUGUACUCGCCAGUCUGCUGCUCUCACUUCUUUUUUUGAUAGAACUAAUUGUUUUAAACUAAUAAUUAAUUCCAGUCUUUCCCUCGUUCCCGUUUGAAGUUAGCAUAAACAAAACUCAACACUCCUCGAUGUUUUUCACAUUCAAAUCUUUACCUGUUAAACAACGGAAUUUUUAUUCACGUUGGCUUAAAAUCAUCUGCAGGGAAAAAUAAGGGAAACAGGAACAUCUGAUAUGAUCUGAUGGAAGCAGCACUAUGGAGGAAAAAGGUGGACAUUGAGCCGAACAAACCAGGAGAACAAGAAGUAAACAUGGAGGAGGUUCUGAGAAUUUACAGUAUGUGCUCACCUGCAUGACCACAGGUCAGUGAGGACCAGUUUGGCUGCAGGGACAGAAGGCUUCUUAUGAGACUUGACUUAUUUAAUACUGAAGAUGCGGCACCUGCUCACCGAUCUGCAGGUGAGCAUAAGAGCACUUGAAAUAAUUUGCAAGGUUUUUUUUUUUCCUUUUUUUUGUUUUUGAAGGGGAUGUGGUUCUUUUGUUAAACUGAUCUAUUUUUACAGGAAUCAUUGAAUCACUAAAAUAUAAUUUCUACGUAACUAUUCAGGUAUUAAGAAUGAGAUGCUGCAAUUAUUUACAUGUGAAAUAUUGCACCUGUUUUUACUGAUUAAAAAUCUUCCAUCUUAUUGUC